AUGGUAGCCAAUGAUACAAGGUACCAGGAGUCGAUGGGUUCGCAGAUCAUUUCGUUCAUUGAUAAGUCUAUGAUUAACGAUCACUACAAUUGCAAAGCAAAGUGCCCAAAUGCGACCUCAGCGAAGUGCCAAAAUGGAGGAUUCCCUCAUCCACGAAACUGCUCUGAAUGUAUUUGUCCAAGCGGCUAUGGUGGCGCACUUUGCGACAAGCGACCGUCUGGAUGCGGAGAUACAUUGAAAGCGACAGAGCGCAAGCAGAUCAUCGUCAAAAGACUUGGUUUUGGUGGUGUGAGGGACGAGUUCGAUGCUGACGAAGGAAAGAAGAUUGAAAUUACGGUCAAAUCUAUUUCACAUGGCUACGCUCAUGACGGCUGCAUUCUAGGAGGCGUGGAAAUCAAGACCACUGAGGAUCAGACUCGAACUGGAUACCGAUUCUGCUCACCAACCUAUCGCGACGCAGUGCUUGUUUCGGCCUCAAAUCGCGUGCCCAUAAUCAUGUUCAACAGAGCCGGCCAGCAACAAUUUAUA